CCCCUUUGCUUGUUUGCCUUCCCGUUCCUCACAAAACCCACGACAUGGCUUCCAAAAUUUAAAUACAAAGUUCCAAUAUCCAUAGUUUGAUUGCUCUGACAAUUUCUCUGUUUCAAAACCCACUCCCCAAAAUUAUAAACAAAAGGCAGCAUCUUCUUCUUCUUCCUCCUCCUCUUUAUGUGACUCUGAGCCCCUAAAACCCCCCCUAAUCUCUUUUUCCUUUCCCAAUAUCACCUCCAUUAACCCUCUCACCUUCUAUUUCUUCUUCAUACCCCUUCAAAUGGGUUCUCUCUAUCUACCUCUCUUUCCCCUCCUUUUAAUGGCUCUUCUUCUUUCUGUACAAUCCAAGACCCAUUGGGAAGAUACCCAAGUCCUCAAACAGCUCAAGAAUGCUUUGGACCCAACUUCCAUCUCCUCUGGUUCUUGUGUAGAUUCUUGGGAUUUUUCUCUCGACCCAUGUGACAAUCUCUUCGGCGAGAAAUUCACAUGCGGUUUCCGGUGCGAUGCUGUAGUCUCCGGCGUUUCUCGUGUCACUGAGCUCAACCUCGACCAGGCAGGUUACUCUGGUUCUCUUUCCUCUGUUUUCUGGAACCUCCCUUUCCUGCAAACCCUCGAUUUGUCUAACAAUUUCUUCUCUGGUUCGGUUCCUGACUCUUUCUCCAAUUUAACUCGGUUGCGUUCACUGAGUCUCUCUGCUAACAUGUUUUCCGGCGAGGUUCCACCGUCAAUCGGGUCGCUCUCUGCUUUGGAAGAGUUGUAUUUGAAUGGAAAUGGGUUUAAUGGUUCUGUUCCGGCGAGUUUUGUUGGGCUUGUUAGUUUGCAGCGGUUGGAAUUGCAGUCGAAUGGUUUCACGGGUGUGUUUCCUGAUUUGGGGGUUCUGAAGAAUUUGUAUUAUUUAGAUGGUAGUGAUAAUGGGUUUUCCGGGGAGCUUCCGGCUGUUCUUCCGACGUCAUUGGUUCAAUUAUCGAUGAGGAACAAUAGCUUUGAAGGUGUGGUUCCGAGUAGUAUUAGGGAUUUGGUUAAUCUUCAAGUCGUGGAUCUGAGUCACAACCGGUUCUGUGGCUCUGUUCCGGCGGUUCUAUUUGAACAUCCAUCUUUAGAGCAACUUACGCUCUCUUUCAAUCAAUUCUCCGCCGUGGAAACCCCCGAUUCUGACGGCGUUGAUAGUGGACUUAUCGCCGUUGAUUUGAGCGACAAUGAAAUUACCGGAUUUCUGCCGCCGUUCCUGGCGUUAAUGCCGAAGCUCUCAGCAUUGUCACUAGAGAACAACAACUUCACUGGAAUGAUUCCGAUUCUCUACGCCUUCAAAACCGCUGCACCGGAGCCCGGAAUCUCGCCGUUCGUUAGACUAUUGUUGGGCGGUAAUUACCUGUUCGGGCCAAUCCCAGAGCCGUUACGACGAAUGAAACCCGACACGGCCACCGUCCGACUCGCUGGAAACUGCCUGUUUUGGUGUCCGACAUUGUUCUUCUUCUGUCAAGGAGGGGAGCAAAAAUCGUUGGUCGAAUGCCGGAGCGCCGGCCCAAUAAUCCCAUAAAAGAAGAAGAAAGAAAAUGUUUGAUGAGCAUUAUGUUUAUAUUGUGUUUCUUUAAGGAUCUUAGGAUUUGAUUCAUUUAGCUACCUCUUCUUUUUACUUCAUUAAUGGGGAUAUUGGGAGUUUGUUUGUUUGUUUUAUUGUGAAACCAUCUUAAGUUGUAAUGCUAAUAAUUGUUGAUAAAUAAGCUUUGAAAAA